AUGCAGGACAUUUCAACAGAACCUCCAUCUCGUGGCUUCAAAGGCAAGGUGGCCAUCGUCACCGGCGCCGGUUGUGUUGGAAACGGCGUCGGAAAUGGACGCGCAAUAACCAUAAUGCUUGCCGACGAAGGCUGCAAUGUUCUCUGCUUAGAUAUGGACUUCCAAAAUGCCGAGAGGACAGUGUUGAUGGCGAAUGCAAAACCUGGUCGCGGUAAAGCUGUGGCAUUCCAGUGCGACGUCUCCAAAGCGCAGGACUGUGAGGCCUCCGUGCAACUUGCGUUGAAAGAGUUUGGAAGACUGGACAUCCUGGUUAAUAAUGUUGGGAUAGGAGGCGCGCAGGGUACCGCGGUAGAUGUGGACAUGGAAGCGUUCGCCAAGGGCCUGGAGGUGAACAUAUCGAGCAUGGUACUCAUGGCGAAGUACGCCAUCCCUGCAAUGAUGAAAAAUGAAGGUCCAGUAAGAGGGAGCAUAGUGAAUAUGGGAAGUGUGGCAGGUUUGAAGGGAGGGACGCCGCAUCUCUUGUAUCCCACUAGCAAAGGCGCCGUGGUGAAUAUGACGAGAGCGAUGGCCGCACAUCACGCGGAAAGUGGGAUACGGGUGAAUUGUGUAUGCCCUGGUAUGUUGUACACCCCCAUGAUGUACGCGAAAGGGAUGAGCGAGGAGGCGCGAGAUGCACGGAAAAAGAGGAGUCUCCUCGGCACAGAGGGGAACGCAUGGGACGCAGCAUGCGCUGUGGUUUUCCUUGCCAGUGAUCACGCGAGAUGGAUCACAGGCACGAUAUUGCCUGUCGAUGCAGGUGCGACUGCUGCAGUUGGGAUCGGGAUGCCGAGGGGCACAAGCGUAUGA